CAUGGACGUUCACUCGAUUGGAUGGUUCUAAUUAUUUAUCUUCACGUUCAUUAUCUUGUCGCUGGGCAAUGGGUACAGAUAUAUACGUAUGCUCGUCUCAUAGCGCUGUGAUUUAUUGCUGUCCUGGAGCAUCGCACUCCCCAUCUGCUCAUCUGCCGCAACCUGACUCUGUCCCGGAAGUGCUAGACGACAUAGAAAAAUAUAACCUCAUCUUAUUUUCGCUGCAAAGACGCAAAAUAACAUCAUGUCACCAACAGCAUUAGACGAAAAGCUGACUGCGUCGCGCUGCUGUCAUCGGCGCUGGACCCUGUGGUCUCGCCAUGGCCAAAUAUCUCCUUGCGGAAAAGAAGUUUGAGAAAAUCCAAAUAUUCGAGCAGAGGCCAGUAGCCGGCGGUGUGUGGAACUACACAUCAGCAGACCGAGAAGAUGGCUUUGUCGUGCCUCGAAUUGCACCAACCACAGCCCCAGACCAGGUCGUCUACCACGCCAACUCGGACAAGCCCGAGAUUGUGUCGCCAGUGUACGAUAUGCUGGAGACGAACAUACCUCAUACUCUCAUGAACUACACAGAGACCCCGUUUCAAGAGGGCACCUCGCUGUUCCCCACGCACCAGGUAGUCUUGGAGUACUUGCAGAGCUAUGCAGAGGACCUGGCGCCUUAUGCUUCGUACUCAACCCAAGUACAGCAUCUCUGUAAGAAUAAAUCAGGAGACAGGCCUUGCUGGAAGAUUGAGACACUAGACUUGGUGACCAAGGAGACGAAGACACACGAGUUCGAUGCCGUGGCAGUGGCCAGUGGUCAUUACAACGACCCCUUUAUCCCGGACAUUCCUGGCAUCAAGGACUUUAACAAAGCAAACCCGGGCGUCAUCUCCCACUCAAAAUACUACAGACGACCGGACGCUUACCAAGACAAGAAAGUCAUUGUUGUCGGCAACUCUGCCUCUGGAAUCGAUCUGAGCGUCCAACUAUCCGCCACUGCCCAGCUUCCCGUCUUCAUUUCCGAGAAGGAAAAGGCAACACCAGGCGCCGUCGUCCAGGAGUCGAAGCCAUGGGCGCGCCACGUCCCCGAGAUCGCAGUGCGCUUUGCCAAUGGCCACAUCGAGACGGACAUGGACGCCGUCCUCUUCUGCACGGGAUACCACUACUCCUUUCCCUUUGCGCGAGACGUACGGCCACCGGUCGUCGUCGACGUCAGCCACGCGGCGCAUCUCUGGGAGCACAUGCUGUACACGGCCGAUCCGACAGUGGCAUUCCUCGCCGUCCCGCAGCGCAUCGUGCCCUUCCCCGUCGCCGAAGCGCAGAGCGCGUUGAUUGCGCGGAUAUGGGCCGGUCGUCUUGCGCCGCCGAGUGCGGCGGAGAUGACGACCUGGCUAGAAGAGCAGGUUGCGUCCAAGGGCGCUGGCAAGGCACUGCACAAUCUCAUGUUUCCCAAGGAUGUCGAGUACAUCAACCGUUUGCACGACCGGUCUGUCACGGCGGGGAGGGUGGACGGCGGGGACAAUGAUGGGCAGGGUAAGUUGCCGCCCUACUGGGGCGGGGAGAAGAGGUGGACGAGAGAGCGCUUCCCGGCCAUUAAGUUGGCAAGUCGAGCCCUAGGCAAAGAGCGACACAAGGUGCGCUCGCUCAGCGAGCUCGGCUUUGACUACGAGGAGUGGAAAAAGAGGACUGCUGGAGUGGCAGAAGAGCUGAUCUGAAAGCUUGUGCUAUUCCUUGAUUCACGAGGUCGCCAUGGUUUAAAUGAACUUACUCGCUAGACCCAUCAGACCACCCUGCUGCUGUCCCUGGCUCUUAAAGUACAUCUUCAUGGCCAUCUCGCCGGCGCUCUGGAUGACAUUCUCCUUGCUGGUGUUGGAGCUGACCUUGCGCUUGGAGGCCUUGUCGUCGAAAAGCUGGU